AUGCCGACUUUAGAUGCUCCCGAAGAGAGACUGAGAAAAUUUAAGUACCGAGGCAAAGAUGCGUCUAUGAGGCGGCAACAGCGGAUGGCAGUCAGCCUGGAGCUCCGGAAGGCCAAGAAAGAUGAGCAGGCCUUAAAGAGAAGAAAUAUCACCAAUUUCUCCCCUGACCCAGCUUCUGGACAACUAACCAAAGGGGUCAGCCUCACCCUGCAAGAAAUAAUCAAUGGCGUGAAUGCCUCAGAUCCAGACCUAUGUUUCCAGGCCACCCAGGAAGCCAGGAAAAUGCUGUCCCAGGAAAGGAACCCUCCUCUAAAACUGAUUGUUGAAGCAGGGCUCAUUCCCAGGCUGGUGGAGUUCCUGAAGUUGUCACCUCACCCCUGCUUGCAGUUCGAGGCAGCUUGGGCUCUGACCAACAUUGCUUCCGGGACUUCAGAGCAGACUCAAGCUGUUGUGGAAGGUGGGGCCAUCCCACCUUUGGUUGAGCUCCUGUCUUCCCCCCACAUGACUGUGUGUGAACAGGCAGUGUGGGCUCUUGGUAAUAUAGCAGGUGAUGGCCCAGAAUUCAGAGACCUCGUUAUCUUGAGCAAUGCCAUUCCACAUCUGGUGGCCCUCGUUUCAUCAACCAUACCAAUCACGUUUCUGCGGAACAUCACGUGGACCUUGUCCAACUUGUGCCGAAACAAGAACCCUUACCCUUCUGUGAAAGCCGUGAAGCAGAUGUUGCCCGUCCUAUCCCACCUCCUGCAGCACCAAGACAGCGAGGUUCUCUCGGACACCUGCUGGGCCCUGUCCUACCUCACUGAUGGCUCCAACGAGCGCAUCGGCCAAGUGGUCAACACAGGGGUCCUGCCCAGGCUGGUCCAGCUCAUGAGCAGCUCGGAGCUCAAUGUCUUGACCCCCUCCCUCCGCACCGUGGGGAACAUCGUCACGGGAACGGAUCACCAGACCCAGGUGGCCAUCGACGCGGGCAUGCUGCACGUGUUGCCCCAGCUCCUGAUGCACCCCAAGUCCUCCAUCCAGAAGGAAGCAGCUUGGGCCUUGAGCAACGUGGCUGCAGGGCCUCGCCAACACAUCCAGCGGCUGAUAGCUUGCGGCAUGCUGCCUCCUUUGGUGGCUCUGCUGAAAAACGGAGAAUUUAAAGUCCAGAAAGAGGCCGUUUGGACCGUGGCUAACUUCACAACUGGAGGCACCAUAGACCAGUUGAUCCAGCUUGUCCACUCUGGUGUCCUGGAGCCACUGGUGAAUCUGCUUACCAUCCAAGACACCAAAAUUGUUAUCAUCAUCCUUGAUGUUAUCUCUUUUAUCCUCCAGGCAGCAGAGAAGCUUUCAGAGAAGGAAAACCUGUGUCUUCUGAUAGAGGAAAUGGGUGGCAUUGAUAAAAUUGAGGCUUUGCAACUUCAUGAGAACCCUCAGGUUGCCCUGACUGCUUUGAACAUUAUCGAGAACCAUUUUUCUGAGGGAGAAGAAAGUGGCACAGUAUUACCAGCCCUGGACCAAGAUCAUGAAUUCUUAAACCGCCUAACAAAGCAAUACCAAGGCCCCACGACUCCUAAACCAAGGAGCAAACCCUAAUGGGUAACUUCUUUAAGAACCUUCUAUGUCUUGGCAUGGCACAGGUGUAAAGCUUUUUAAACUAAAUGUUAAUAAAAUUUUUGACACCUUCACCUCCAUCUAUCAAAAA